CCGGCUACUGAGGCCGCCAGCACCGGUCAUUUCCCACCGGUCUCUCAUUCUAUUCCUCCACCAAUGAGUAUGCCCGCCUUGAGUCUCCUCGGAUCCCAUUUGACUCAUAUUUCGAAUAAAAUAUAUUAAUGCGUGGAGAAUCCCAGCGAGCUUAGGGGUACGCUAAGAUGCGCAGACCUGGUUCUUCACGGUUUAGCUCCGUUCCCGGGCUGGUCGCCGGCAACGGCCAUGACUGCCAUCUUCCCAUUCACGCCACCCCUGCUUGCCCUCUGGCAGACUAUAGAUGCCUGCGUGGGCGGCCUUCUUACACGUGCUCCUGUCUGAAUUUCUGCCAGACUGAACUCUCCACCCAGCUCAUUCGCCAUGUUCGUUCCUCUUCUGCUGUCGGCGCUGCCGAUUCUAUCCCAUGCCGCGCUCACCUAUCGCGGGGCGGACAUUUCUUCUCUUUUGAGCUAGAAGAUGAAGGUUAUAGCUACAAGAACCUUAAAGGUCAAUCCCAAGCACUCGAGACUAUCCUCGCUGAAGCCGGCAUCAAUUCCGUUCGCCAGCGUGUGUGGGUCAAUUCCAGUCAUGGCAUUUACAAUUUGGAUUACAACUUGGAGCUGGCAAGCGGGUCAGGGCGGCUGGUAUGAGUAUCUAUCUGGACCUUCAUCUGAGUGAUACAGGGGCGGAUCCUACCGAUCAGACAACCCCUUCCUGAUGGCCCACCACCGAUUUCAGCACUCUGAAGUGGCAACUAUACAACUACACUGUUGAGGUUUGCAACACGUUUGCAGAUAACAACAUUAAUAUUGAAAUCAUCUCAAUCGGUAAUGAGAUCCGCGCCGGUCUUCUCUGGUCUCUUGGUGAGACGAGCAGCUACUCAAACAUCGGUGCACUGCUGCACUCGGGCGCUUGGGGAGUCAAGGACUCCAAUUCAGCGACAACACCCAAGAUUAUAAUUCAUCUGGAUGAUGGCUGGGGGUAGGAUCAGCAGAGUUACUUUUAUAAGACUGUUCUGUCUACGGGCGAGCUACUGAACACAGACUUCGACUACUUCGGUGUUUUAUACUACCUGUUCUACAGCGCAUCAGUAAAUAUAGCAUCUCUGAAGAUCAGCCUGGCGAAUCUGCAGUCGAUCUACAACAAGCCUGUAGUAGUGGUGGAGACGAACUAGCCAGUCCCGUGCCCAAAUCCUGAG